AUGACGGCGCAAAGCACUUCUCUUUGCACCUUGCCGCCAGAGAUCAGGAUCUCCGUCGCUGGCCACCUUGAUGCAAAAAGUCUGCUUGCGCUCAGUCUGACGUGCAUCCUCUUUCGCCACCAAGUUCAGUUGACUUCGGACCAGCGUCUCCAGAUCCUACUUCAACUCGAGCUCCUUGUUCGAUAUGGCGGUAAAAUGAGAGUCUACGGACAGCGACCGGAAAACGGAGGAGAGCGGUUUGCGACAGCGCAGCAAAUAGCGGAUUGGGGACGGUUUCGAUGGGCGUGCUCCGGAUGCCUGCGCCUGCUGCCUCAUCUUGAGUUUGACAACCGAUUCAUCUUUGGGAGAUCGUACCAGAAGCCAGUACACAUACGCCCGAACGAUCACGUCUGGUCCUGGGAUUCUCGCCUGGAUGAGGUUGACAGGCGAUUGCUCGGUUCGGGAGAGAAGCGUCAUUUGCGCCAAUGCAACGAGUGUCUGUCUCGCGGAAGCUCCUCAUCUCUCCGCUACGUGGACGAAUUCUGCUUGGAUUCUGCAGUAACCACGCCCCCAACUCUGUCCCGUCGUAUUCCGGUUGCCAACAGCCGCCGAAUACGUUGCGCAUCUGCAACAAACAGAUUCUUUCCAGGUUUUCUAGACUUUCUUUCGCGAAGUCUGGAUGAAUCGAAGGAGGCGCCCAGCAAACGGACUGUGCAGUACCUCGGAUACCACUCACGGCUAUACCCUGUUCGCUCUGUUAAAUGCUACCUACUUCGUUGCCCGUCAUGUGAACGAUGGAAGGAGUUACGAUCUUUUCCCGUCCCGUGUAACGUCUCCUAUUGGAGCGUUAAUACGGAAUCGACUAAAGAGAGGCUGUUUGUUUCGUCUGAUCGCGUGCUGCAGUUUGACGAGCACCACCCCAUUAAUUUUGGCUGCAUGGCGUGUCUAAUUACCAAAGGAAACGACCAUGACUCUAUUGCUGACGUGGUGCUGACCCUGUUUCAAAGCGAGAUGGAUCUUGCGAUCAGGGCCGAGGAACAACGCUUGGAGGUUGGUUGGUACACGAUGACAGAAUUCAUCAAGUCCGAGUGGCCCGAAUCCGUCCGCCAGGAGCUGGAGAUAGUCAAGGGAGUUCUGGACGAAAGCAGGCAGGGAGGCACGAAUCUAGAUUUGCGGCAACUGGGAAACUCUCGAAGAAAGCUCCGGGAUUUCAUGGAUGAGGUUUCUAGAGACCCUUCGUUUCGACGCGACUGCUGUUCGCAGAGUUGCCCACGGUCGACGGUGGUGGCAUUUGUGAGGUACUACGAUGCCACAGUCGAGGAAAUAGAUUGGCUCCACGAAGCAAAGGCGGCAAUAGAAGCGACGCCCGAGCUUUUGAUUAACUGGGCGUUGGAUCCGCAGAACAUGGACAAACCGCCAUGGGACCAACCCGACCUUCCGGUGCGGAAUUUUAGCUCUGAUGAAAACUAA